GCUGCAACAAGCUAUGAUAGUGCCACUGCACUCCAACAUGGGCAAUAGAGCAAGACCUUGUCUCAAAAAAAGGCAGCAGCUCCAAAGAGUAGGUUAUGCCAAUGGCCAAUACUCUUGAGUAUUUCCUCCCUGUUUGAAUGCCUGACAAAUGUGACUUCAUGAAUACACACACACCAGGCAGGUACUGUCACCCUCAUUAUAUAGAAGUGGCAAUAUUAUUCUCGCCCCCAUUUUACAGAGGUGGGGACUGAGGCGCAGAGAGGCUAUAACCACUCCCUAGUGCCAGGCAGCUGAUAGUAAAUGGCAGAACCAGGAUUCAGACCUAAAAGAGUUUGACUCUAGGGUCAGCAUGAUUGGAGGAAAGGAAGUGGAGGUGGUAAAUGAAACACCACGCUUUUAAGAAGUGAUGUUUCUCUUUGCACGCUUCUGCUGGAAAGAAGAACAGAGAUAGGUACAAGACGAUGUUUGCAUGUUGACAGGAGGGACCCGUGUGGAGGCUGAAACUGUUGAUGCUGUGAAGGGGUGCUGAGAACUGAAGCCUUUGAGGAGCAGGAUGCCUGGUUUGCUUUUGUGUGAACCGACAGAGCUUUACAACAUCCUGAAUCAGGCCACAAAACUCUCCAGAUUAACUGAACCCAACUAUCUCUGUUUAUUUGAUGUACGUUCCAAAUGGGAGUAUGACGAAAGCCAUGUGAUCACAGCCCUUCGAGUGAAGAAGAAAAAUAACGAGUAUCUUCUCCCGGAGUCUGUGGACCUGGAGUGUGUGAAGUACUGCGUGGUGUAUGAUAACAACACCAGCACCCUGGAGGUACUCUUAAAAGAUGACGAUGAUGAUUCAGACUCUGAUAGUGCUGGCAAAGAUGUGGUGCCUGGAGCAGCCAUUGAGUAUGGCAGGAUCCUGACCCGCCUCACCCGCCACCCUGUCUACAUCCUGAAAGGGGGCUAUGAGUGCUUCUCAGGCACAUACCACUUCCUCCGGACCCAGAAGAUCAUCUGGAUGCCUCAGGAACUGGAUGCAUUUCAGCCAUACCCCAUUGAAAUCGUGCCAGGGGAGGUCUUCCUCGGCAAUUUCGGUCAAGCCUGUGACCCCAAAAUUCAGAAGGACUUGAAAAUCAAAGCCCAUGUCAAUGUCUCCAUGGAUACAGGGCCCUUUUUUGCAGGCGAUGCUGACAAGCUUCUGCACAUCCGGAUAGAAGAUUCCCCGGAAGCCCAGAUUCUCCCCUUCUUACGCCACAUGUGUCAUUUCAUUGAGGUCCUGGGCCUAUGUCAAGAAAUGCAAAAACAACAUGUGUCCAAAUCGGGGAUUGGUGAGUCAGCUGCUGGAAUGGGAGAAGACUAUCCUUGGAGAUUCCAUUACAGACAUCAUGGAUCCGCUCUACUGAUCUUCUCUGCGGCCCAGCGAAGGGUACCGAAGAGCCUCGCUUGGGGGCAUUUUGUGGGUGGAGGGUCAGAAUGUGUAUACCCAGGCUUGUCUGGAAGGAGAAGGCCUUUGCUGCCUGAAAGUCUCAUGUCAGCCUCCUGUACUGAUUCUUCCCAAGCGACUGUUCAUGCCACCUAGCAGGUGCGCCCUGCUCAAGCUCACCGAGAACCCGCAUCCCUGAGGUGUCCUGGGCCAUCCCAACUGCACCCCUGAGGCUGCCUCUGGAAGAGCAUCUGGCUACUACAGCAGCUGCCCUGCAUCCCCUUGGUGACUUAGACCCUUUGGAGGCUGCCUGGGGGCGCCCAGAGAUUGCCUGUGUUGGUUCACAGAGGAUGUCACAAUAGCCACCAAUAGGCAGUCCCCUAGCCCCAGAGAUACCAAGCCCAGCCUUGUCUAGCCCCCAGGCUCCUGGAAUGGGAUCACACCCUUGCCUCACCCCCAGUGCUUCCUGCCAUCCACCCCUUGAAACAGAUUUUCUUUCCCUGCUCCCCACUCAUUUCUGCCUGGCUGUGUUCACCAAGGAGAGAUACUCACCGCACCUCCCCCAUCUCCCUAUUCACAUUUCUAGAAAUUCCUAAGGUCUUAACAGCUUUCCUUUUAU